GGAGCGGAGCGGCGGCAGCGGCGGCGGCGGCCGCGGGGCUGCGGCAGAUGACAUCCCCCCGAGAGGAUCCAGAAAUUGAAGCCAGAGAGGCCUGUGACUGGCUGAGGGCUGCCGGCUUUCCCCAGUAUGCUCAGCUGUUUGAAGAUAUGCAGUUUCCCAUUGAUGUAAAAACUGUGAGGAAAGAUCAUGAAUUUUUAGAUGGAGAUGCAAUUGAAUCACUCUUCAGACGGCUGAACACACUGAACAAGUGUGCAUCAAUGAAAGUGGAAAUAGGCCGUCAGAGGAAACGGAGUGAUGAUUCUGAAGAUGAUGAACCCUGUGCAAUAAGUAGUAGGUGGGCCUAUGAGAGGUGCAGUCAGAGGUGGUCUCGAAUCGAGAGCCUGGAGGGUUUCCCAGCAGAGGGAGGUGCCAGUGCCUCUGUCCCAGGCAGCCCAGUCCUGAAGAUCAUCAGCAAGGAGGACAGUGUCUUCUUGGAUCAUGGAGAGAAGCACGAUGUGUCCUCAGUUCACAGCACCAGCAGUGCUGACAGUGACACUGUGAGCUCCCCAAAACCUUUUGAAGAUGUGGAAACCAGCACGAGUUCCUCGAGAUGUUCCUUAAUUAAGGUACCUUCACUGGACUCUACUUUCAGUUGUUCUCUUCCCCCCAGUGAAUUUUUAAAUAACACCAGUGAGCAAAAGCUUUUGGACAAGUCACCAUCCAAAAAGAGGAAGAGCCUUCUAAAGAAAAUGGAGAAGCUGCACUUAAGGAGCUGCAACUUAAGGAGUGGUCAGUCAAAGGCCAAACCCAUAAUAAGUGAACCUGUUCUUCUGGAAGGGCUUAAUGAAGAAAAGAUGAAGAUGCUGAACUGUGUAAAUAUUUCUGACCUCUCUGGCCUCCAAACAAAGAGCAAUUCUUCCUUUUCUCCCCGGAGUCCCAGCAGCAGCAGUCAGCCUGGAAAGAGCAGCACAGUGAGCGCUCCAAGCCCUGGUAUAAAACCAGGCAGCCCCUGUGAGGGAAGGGGGAUGUGUGCAGAGCACACAGACUCCAGCAAGCUCUUGCUGUGGAAUGACCUGUCUCAGCAAAACCUGAAAAAUGACAUGACAUUACAAAAAACCCAGAUGUUUCAAAUACCACAAGGCCAUAAACCUGGCACGUUCCCCACAGCGCUUACAGACAGCUCCCUGUCUCCAGCAGACAACUCUUCUGUCAACUGGAGAACUGGGAGUUUUCACGGGUGCAGGAGAAGCCGGAGCAGAAGCAGUUCCAAGGAGCCCAAAGCCCCCAGGAGUCCCCUUUCGGGCUCCUGUAACAGGCUAAGUGUGUAUGACAACAUGCCCAGUAUCGACCUUGACAAUCUGGAGGCGGCACAAGUCGGUGAUGAUGACGUUUUCUCAGAGCUGAACAGUGUUAUAGCAGAUGUCAACGGCCUCAAAAAGUUGGUUGAUCAGUGGACAGAGAAGCUGUCAGAUGAUGGGGAUUCUGACUUUGCCAGUGACUUGACCUCUUUGUGUCCAUCCUCCCCUAAAGAAAGCUCUCUUGAAACGGAGGGCCCAGAAGACAAGACAACAGGGGACACUGAGGGAGAGAGCAGCUGUGGCCUGGGCAAGGAGAUUGGCUCUGCAGAUCUGACAUACAUCACAGACUCUAAAAAGGCCAACAGGCACAGGAGGCAACACUGGUCUGUGGAAGAAAGUGUGAACCUGGAAAGCCUUUCCAUGCAGAGUGACAGCCAGUCUGCUGCCCAGCUGGCCCGGACACAAAAGCUGGCGUUGUUGAAGCUCACUGCUUUAAUGGACAGAUAUUCCCCUUCCAGCAAGCAGGGCUGGAACUGGACCAUACCCAAGUUCAUUAAAAAACCCAAAGCCUCAGACUACAAGGACAAAAACGUGUUUGGGGUUCCUUUACUCCUGAACGUGCAGCGAACAAGCCACCCACUGCCCAACGGGAUCCUGCAAGCCCUGGACUACCUGAGAAGCCACUUUCUUGACCAGGUUGGCCUGUUCCGGAAAUCUGGUGUUAAAUCCAGGAUUCUGUCUUUAAGAGAAAUGAAUGAAACCAACCCAAACAACGUCUGUUAUGAAGGGCAGUCAGCAUUUGAUGUGGCAGACAUGGUGAAGCAGUAUUUCCGAGACCUUCCCGAGCCCAUAUUUACCAGCAGGCUCUGUGAAUCCUUCCUCCACAUCUACCAAUACGUGCCAAAGGAUCAGCAGUUCCAGGCUGUCCAGGCUGCCAUUCUCCUUCUCCCAAAGGAAAACCGAGAAGCACUGAAAAUCCUCCUGUUCUUCCUGCGAGAUGUGGUUGCUUUUGUCGAGGAAAACCAGAUGACCCCAACCAACAUUGCUGUCUGUCUUGCACCUUCUUUGUUUCACCUCAACACCCUGAGGCGGGACAGCUCCUCCUCCACCAGAUCCAGUCAGAGGAAGUGCAGUUUAGGGAAGCCAGACCAGAGGGAGCUGAAUGAGAACCUGGCAGCAACGCAGGGCUUGGCCCACAUGAUCAUGGAGUGCAACAGGCUCUUCCAGACUGACUUCCCAGCUUGACCACGGCCUUUGCCCAUCAUUAUGGACUUGCCUGGUGAUCGCUGGACUGUGGCUGACCCUGGUUGCUGUCCCUGGACCUGAUCCUGACCUCCCUUGCCGACUCACCUUCCUGGCUCUACCUCGGACCUCGUCACCGUGGAUGUGUCUGAUGAUCUGGAUUUUUGGCUGACCCUGGCUGCCAUGCCUGGCCUGGCUCAGGCACUGUGGGACUGGGCAGCUGCCCUGCCAGCUCUGUUAUCCCACCUGACACCUGGCCCUUUUCCCUCAGGGGUGCCAUCAGCCCUUGGUGCACCCUGACAGUCAGCUGGGACCUUCUGCUCCAGCACCCCAUCUGGGCAAGGACCACCGUCCCCUGGCUCCCCUGAGCUGUCUGACACAUGGCCCUGCCCCAGGGCUCCUCCAGCACUGACUCCCACAACCAGCCCAUCUUCUGAGUGACACCUCUCCUCAGAGCAGGGAGUCCCCUGCAUGGCAUCAGUCUCCAAUUUGGACAGGACUCCUCAGUGUCCCCAUCCACCCCCAGCCCAACCACAGGUCCCCAUUUCCUCAGAAGUGGCCUGAACCCCUCUAGCCAUC